AUGGAAGGCUCAUCUACGACUGAAGUUCCGAUCGUAUCGCUCAAUUCAUCCAACGCCAGCAAUCAUGAUGCAGCACCGUCAGCGGAUGCGGGUCCAAAGAAAGAACUUGAAGACAGCUUGGUAUUAUGGGAUGGACCAGGCGACCCAGAAAACCCUCAGAACAUGCCUCAGUGGAAGAAAUGGAUGAUCACCUGGCUCCUCGCUUUUCUGAACGUCUGGGUGACAUUUUCGAGCACGAUUUUCGCCUCAGCAGUUACGACCACAUCGCAAGAAUAUAAUGUAUCGAGAGUAGUGAUGACGCUUGGCGUCAGUCUCACAGUUCUGGGCUUUGCCGUUGGUCCUUUGAUAUGGGCCCCUAUGUCUGAAGUCUACGGCCGACUUCUACCGUUCUACUCUGGGUAUGCAGUCUUUUGCAUUUUCCAGAUCCCCGUAGCGGCGGCGCAGAACCUGCAAACCAUUCUCAUUUGUCGGUUCUUCAUAGGCUUCUUCGGCACUGCAGCAAUGGCGGUCACUCCCGGAGUCUUGGCGGACGUUUUCAGUCCCAAAGAUCGUGGCGUGGCAGUCUCAGUGUACGCAGCGGCUGCCUUUAUCGGUCCAAUCUUUGGCCCAAUUGUCGGCGGCUUCAUUGUCGACUCCUAUCUAGGCUGGCGGUGGACCGCUUGGAUUACCCUGAUACUGGCCUCGGCUUUUGGAAUUGCCUCUCUGAUAUUGGUCCCGGAGACGUACGGCCCCGUCAUACUUCAGCGUCGUGCAGCGCGUCUGCGAAGAGAAACUGGCAACUGGGCUUUGCACGCUGCCCUCGACGAAAAUGUUCCCACACUCAAAGACAUUGUCUUCAAGUACUUCCUCCGGCCCUGUCAGAUGCUCGUGAAAGAGCCUAUCCUUUUGCUCGUCACGAUCUACAUCUCUCUCAUUUACGGCAUUUUGUACUUGUUCUUUGUUGCAUACCUCGGGUAUCGAGGUUGGUCAAAUUCUGGCGUUGCGUCUCUGCCGCUUCUCGCUGUGAUGUUGGGCACUCUCGCGGGCUGUCUCGCCAUCAUGUUUACAACAAAGCAUGUAUACGAACGCAAAAUGGCAAAAAUGGGCCGCGUACCGCCCGAGGAAAGGCUCGUGCUAAUGAUGAUUGGAAGUAUAUGCCUCCCUAUAGGUCUGUUCUGGUUUGGCUGGACCAGCAGCCCCUCCGUCCACUGGCUGGCGCAAACCUUUGCAGGGUUCCCGAUCGGUGUCGGUCUGGCCCUUAUCUGGGUCCAGGGCCUGAAUUACCUUGUCGACGUUUACCUCAUGUUUGCCAACUCAGCACUCGCUGGCAACACGCUCAUCAGGAGUGCAGCUGGUGCAGCAUUUCCCCUGUUCGGAGGGUCAAUGUAUCACAGGCUCGGUGUGAGCUGGGCGUCAUCAUUGUUGGGGUUUUUGGCAGUUGCGAUGAUUCCGAUUCCAUUUGCGUUCUACUAUUAUGGAGCAAAGAUUCGGGAAAUGAGUAGAUAUUCACCGAAGUUGUGA